AUGCUGACGCUGUUCCGAGGAGAGUGCCUGCGCGGUGGUGCUGCCGUGUCGCGCUCCGUGCGUGUGCUCGCACCAUUCGGGCAGCGCCGCCUUCUGUCCACACCUUCUUCAGAUCCCGCAGUCUCCGUCGCCGCCGCAGCCACGGGAGAGACCGUCGAGCUCGAUUUCGAGGCAUGUGUGCCGACGGAGGACCAGGUUGCAAAGCGUCGCACUGCGGUGCCUGUCAGCUCCCUGGUCGUUUGCCAUGGCCUGUUUGGGUCUAAGCAGAAUUGGCGUUCCUUGGGUCGAGCCAUGUCCACGCGCUUCGGUGUUCCUGUCUAUGCGCUCGACCUGCGCAAUCACGGCACGUCACCACACAUCGACGGUCUCGCAUACGCCGACAUGGCGCAGGACGUGAUCGCGUUCAUGUCCGCACGCAACCUGAGCAACGUCGGGCUCAUCGGCCACUCGAUGGGCGGCAAGGUGUCCAUGAGCGUCGCCCUUCACCCUGAUCUCCCUCAAGGAAUGCUGCGCAACUUGGUCAGCGUGGACAUGUCCGCCAAACGCGGUCCGCUGUCGCCCGAGUUCGAGCGGUACAUCGACGCCAUGGUGCAAAUCCGCGACAAGCCCUGCCGUAGCCGCAGCGAAGCCGACGAGAUCCUUCAGCAAACCGAACCCGACCUCGGCGUGCGCCAGUUCCUUCUCACGAACCUUACACGGAACCCUCCCGGCGCAGAGACAUGGAGUUGGAGGAUUCCGGUAGAUCUGAUCCGCAACAACAUCGCACAGAUCGGCGACUUUCCCUACAACCCAUCCGGCGCGUCGGCCGACAGUAUCAAGGGCAGCGAGAAUGCGCCACAACGCAGCUGGGACGGCGAGACGCUGUUCAUCAAGGGAAACAAGAGCAAGUACGUCAACAGACACAACAUCCCCACGAACCUGGCAUAUUUCCCCAACGCCAAGCUUGUGCACAUGGAGACAGGUCACUGGUGCCAGGCCGAGAAGCCCAACGAGUUCGUCCAGGUCGUAGAGGACUUCCUCACGGGCAAGACGGAUGAUGAGACGCAGCAGGCGCUCAAGCCCCGCUCCAAGGCUUGA